ACACUGAACGUGUUCAGUCCACUGUCCCCCUGCUGCAGCUGGGACUGCCGGAGCUCCUCCGCUGUGCUUCCUGAGCCUCGCCACAUCAUGUUCUUCAAGUUUGUUUGUGCCGUGGUGACCAGGGCUCUGUUUAUUCUCAUCUCUCUCAUAGGGGUGUGGAGAGUGGUGUGGGUGAAGGACAAUGGACUCUACUGGUUUCUUACCAUCCUCUACCUGCCGCUGGUGGUUGAGAUGAUCCUGACCCUGAGGCGAAGGAGGGGUAAUGAUUAUAAAUGGUUUUCUCCAGCUAUCUUCCUCUUUCUCAUCAGUAUCAUUCCAUCAUUAUGGAUUUUAGAGCUUCACCAUCAGGAGAACAAAGCCACCGACUCGAGGUGUGAUAAACUCGACUCAUCCGAAAACUUUAAGAGUCUUUUAAGACUCUGGGGGAACUCAAGCGCUGACAGUAAGAAAUACAAGCUCCCUCUGUCUUCAGUGUGCGCCAACGACUGGAUACUGGCCUUGCACCAGAUCCUGCUCAUCUUACUGAUACUGGGGAAGUGGCUGAUGCCGGCCGCGGGAGAACUGAGCAGAGACCAGCUCUCCCAGUUACUGCUCAUCUUUGUGGGCACGGCUGCUGACAUACUGGAGUUCACCUCUGAAACACUGUCUGACAUCAAGGACAGCAGUCCACCCAUGGUCUACAUUAUUCUGGCUGUGUGGACCUGGAGCAUGCUGCAGUUUCCGCUGCAUCUCUCAGUUCUAGCAGCAUCCUCAGAAGACCUCUCAGAACCUGCCCAGUCUCGAAUCUCUCACAUCAGGACUGAUAUCUGGAGCACUGUGGAAGCUUUGUUUAUCCAGGAUGGGCCUUUCCUGGUGGUCCGCCUCACCGUCAUGAUCUACUUCAAUGUGGUACACCAGAUGCUGAUCUUCUUCGCCAUUAAAAACUUUCUGGUUGUCAUUCUGAACAUCUACCGGCUCUCUGUUCUCAUCUGUGACAAGUCCUCCUGAGCCUGGAUGUAAACCCAGUGCAGGAAGGUACAGUAAUGAUGUUACUGUAAACUUCAGACUACCUGUAUACAUUUAUUGUAUAAAGCAGAAGUUCAAUAUGUCAAUCUUUGCUAUGAAGAAUGGUGCAAUUUCCUAAUAAAGGCCGUCUCACAGUCUCUAUUGGUGACAUACAAUAUCAGAAUAACAAUUUGACGUAUGAUAUGACUGGUAAAAUGAUCACUCUUACAGAGUAGCUCAUUAGCAGCCCUAAUCCAAAACACUGACCUCAGGUCUUCAUAAAGAAAUAUUUCCUGCUGAAAUAAAUUAGUUGUUGCAUUGCAAACAAAUGCCUGAAAUCCUUCCUGAGUGUAAGAACUGGAACCCUAUGAAUGCUACGAGGUUCUAUAUAGAUCCCCCCCCCCCCCCC